AUGUCGGAAACAACUGAACUGGCCAACAAGCUUUCCCGUCGCCAGGCCUUGAAUGAAGACGAAGACGCGCCAAGACGGCAGCUACAAGUCUUCAAUCCUUACACUGAGUUCAAAGAAUUUACUAGGAAGCAGAUUAAGGAUUUCGAAAAGAUGUUCAAGAAGUGAGUGUUGGUUCAUUUUGCAAAGCUCUUGUUUACAAAGAAGAAGAGUUACGAUAAGGAUUGGCCUUUGUUAGUCCAGGGGGAAUAGUAACUGUUCUGUUUUCUCAUUCCGUGCCAUCUUAUCCGUAAUUGAUAGCACUUGGGGUUUUAAUUUCACAGGUCACACGUACUCGAUGAGGCACUUCCUAGUUUCGAAACUAAUAUUUAAUUCCUCUCUGAGAGAAUUGCUUUAUUAUAUCGAUCUGCUGCUCUUACAUUUCUGAGGCAACAAUAUCUCCUUGUUUCACCCAAAAGAGCAUCUAGCCUUGCUCCGGUUAAUUUUUUAAAAUUAUGUUUUGAUGGAAGUCGUAUGCAAAUUUUUUUCUUUUGUGACUGUGAACAUCAUGUUAUGACUUCCUUUCAUAAAUGAUUCAAAUAAAAUUAUUGAAAACGUUGAAAACUGUUUUUAAUUUUGUUGUAAAAAUCGCAGAAUAUUGGAGCAGCGGGAGACCAGAUCCCAGUUUUAAUUGCAAGUUCCUUCAACAAUUUGUGUUCCGGGAUUAAAUUCGAGACAAACUUACAUAGUCAUAUUUGUUAGGUAUACAAUUCCGAAGGAGAUCUUUUAAACGACAUUGAAUUCUGAUCAGAGGAUUAUAGAGGAAGUUGACAAUUAAUUAACAUUAGCUUGGCUACAAUUAGAGGGGCAUUCUCUUUCCUUGACUAAGGGGUGAUAGCAAAGAUAAGGACGAGAAUUGGAGAGUAUUUGAAGAGGAAGAGGAAGAAGAUGAUGAGGAAAUAGUCGGAGAAUGAAGGGGGAAAAACUUGAUUUUGCUUCAAGGACUUUGAUUAUCAUUAUAAUAACAGCAGAAAUUGUGUGAUCUUGAGCUUCUAUAUGUCUGGCAAUUUUUUUGUGGCAGUUAGAUAAGAUGUACACCUGGAAAUCAUGAGUGACUGUUAUUUCUCUUUUCAUUAUCACUACAUUAUCUAGCAAUCAGGUAGGGAGAAGUGAGAAUCAUAUUAAUUGGAGGAUGUUUUUUUGACAUGACUCCAGGUUCUCCCAACGAUUUACAAGGAAUGUACAGUAAACAAAAUGGAGAACUAACUUUCACCUACAAGAUCUAAACAUCAUUACUCUUGACUGUAUACCAUGUGUUUUCUUAUCAUUUUUAGCUCUAAGAAUUGGGUAUAAAAUUUAACAACAUCCUCUAGUUGAUUUUUUCUUUUCUUCUUGUAAUCUUUUUGCUUGAAAAUUAAAAACAUAUUUUAAGAAUAAUUUUUUUUCUACCCUAGAAGUGGAAGGGUUAAAUUUUGGGAGUCUCAGCAAGUCCAGACCUCCUCCCUCAGUCCUUCUCCAUUUUAUAGAAGAGAGCAGGACAGGGCUCUUUUCCAGAUGAUAGUCAAGUUGUAUUAAUCAUUAAUUUUUUUUUUUACUUCAGGUAUGAUGUAAAAAAUGAUCACUUUCUGGAUCUCAUGGAAAUGAAGCAGAUGAUGGAAAAAUUAGGGGCUCCUCAAACACAUGUUGGACUGAAAGCCAUGAUAGCAGAAAUUGAUGAAGAUAAUGAUGGAAAAGUUUCAUUCAGGGAGGUAAGUGCUUCUCACCAAUAAUUUUUUUAGAGAUCUCCAUAAGAUUCUUGAGGAUUUUUGAAACUUCAAUAACUUCUACUGUGGUCUUUGAAGAAUCUUUGAUUAGUCUUUUAACCCUUUAUAAUGUUCACUCACUACUCAGAACUAAUUUACAAGGAAACAUGUAGCAACUAGAGGGGAGAAUUAACAAUCAGAUCUUGGGAGUUAAAGGGUUAACAAUAUAAAGCUAGGAGCCAUUCAAGUUUUUCUCAACCUUUCAAAGCAUUUAAUAACUAUCAGACAUAUGAUGCUACGGUAAUGACUGAAUUAUUUGUUCAUUUUGCAGUUUCUCUUGAUCUUCCGCAAAGCUGCAGCUGGUGAACUUCUGGAAGACUCAGGUUUGAGUGCCCUAGCUAGACUUGCUGAGGUCAAUGUGGAUGAAGUAGGUGUGGGGGGUGCAGCUAAGUUUUUCGAAGCCAAGGUGAAAGAACAAACAGCAUCAAACAAGUUUGAAGCUGAAAUUCGCCAAGAACAAGAAGAAAGAAAAAAGGCAGCAGAGGAGGCCAAAGCCAGAAAGCAAGCUUUCAAGGCUAAGCAAGCAGCUUUUGGAGCCCAUUAAAUGCAACAUGCUUGCCUUUAACCCUUCGACUCCCAAGAUCUGAUAGUUAAUUCUUUCCUCUAAUGGCUACAUUUUUACUUGUAACUUAGUUCAGAGAAUUUGGUGUUAAAUCAAAAUAACUUCUAUCUUACAAGUUUGAGUAUUUUCAUUACUUGUUUGUUGUUUAAUAUAUGGAUGUUGUAAGGAGGAAUUUCUAUGUUAAUCAAUUCUGGGAAGGUAAAGGGUUAAAUUGAUUUAACAGUGUGGUUUUCAAUUAACUUUUUAAAACACAAGAAGAAAUUACAAGCAAUUCAGUUUUACUGUUACAGCUCUGGUGCUGUUUUUAGCACCAUUUAAUAUACCCAAUUUUUAUUUUGGUGAAUUUUUAAUAAAAGCUGUUUUCCAUUUUGAAGUCUGGCUUGACUUUGAUUGCACACAAGAUUAAUUCAAUAGGACAAAUUAUUACAAAUUAAUAAAAUUUAUAAGUUCUGCAUGUUGAACAGUAUAACAAGGUGUUGGCUUAUACCAGAUUUCUUUCAUUUCCAAGACCUCUUAGAAAUUCUCUUUAGAGUUUGUCAUAUGAUUCUCAACAUGUUAGUUUGGAGAAUUUGGUUUUGGAUCAACAAACAAUCCCCUUUGUAAUAUUUUUCUUUUCUCUCAUCACUUGUCUGUGAGAUACUGUAUUGACAUUGUAAGGAGAAAUUCUCUCUUGGUUACUUGUGGGAAUUAAGGAUAUAACAAGUAAUUUUCUAUCAGUUAGUUUGCUCUUUGAGUCUUAGUAAUAGUUUCAUAAUAGGAAAACUUGUUAAAAAGCUGAAAGAGUGACUUUAAAUUAGACCAGUAUAUUUUUACCAGACAGGGAGAGAUAAAGAAUAUUUUUAAAUUAAUAAGCUGAACUAACAGAAAUUAAGAAAUGGUUAUGUAAUAAUCAUUGAAAUUAUUGCUUAGUUUCAAAUUUGGCGCAACUACCAAUGCAAGGGAUUACUAGGCAGUGUUGAUAUUAACAUUUUAAAUGAAUUUUUUUAUUGUUAAGGUUUUUUGUUACUUAGUGAUUCCUAUAACAAGAAGAUUGAAUUUUUUCUGCAUGAAAAUUCAAUUAUCUCACAAUUAAUACUCUUCAAGGGCAUUUUAAUCAUAAUUUAGCUGAUAGAGCUUUUGGAAUCUCCAUUCCUGAUAUUUUAUAUGAACACAGGAGUUGUUUUGAAUUUUUUUAAAGCAAUAAACAAUUACUUUCUAUUAACCAUAUUGAUUUAAGUAACAAUGUUAAUGUAUGGCCUAUUUUUUUUUUGCUUUUUUUAAAAUUUUCCACAUCCUUACAAUUUUCAUGAAGGAUCCACAAUCCACAACAAAACUAGAUGACACCCAACAUCUACAGAGCCACUUUUAACUUGUGAAUGGUUGGUUCAGGCACAGAUAGCUCAAGGUUGAUAUGCAGCCACAUCUACACUAUAUCAUUAUUACACAAGGAAUUUUGUAUGGAGAAAUGUAUUGCCUUUGGAAACUAAGAAAAAGAUGUAGGAUUUAAGAAAAAAAAAGCUUUCCUCAGAAUUCUUGCGUUACAUAGUCUCCAGUAUGGCUCUUGGUCAAAACAACAAUUCAGUGGAAUAAAAUCAAAUUUUUCAAUUUUUUGGGAAUGUCCUAUAAAGAAUGUGGAGGAACUGAACAAAAAAACUGACAAUUAAAUCCGACAUUUGGGUGGGGCAUUGGUAAAUAAUUUUUUCCCUAGAGGGGUGCAGUGUUCAAAUGCUGAGGGGGGUGGGUAGGGAUUUGGGUGGAGAUUUUAAAGCUUUGAAUUGAUAAAUGCAUAACACUAUAGUUUAGAUUGAUAACUUGGCUUCCUGUGGUUCAAGUUGAUUCCCUUGGCAGGUUAUUGGUCAAUUUGUUGUAUUCUUAAAAGAGUGGUGAUGGAGUACUGUCAAAAGAAACCCUGACAAAAACUUUUGGUAAGGGCGGGGAGGGUAACAGUGCUUCUGCAGUCACCUGUUGUACUGGAAACUUACCUUUUAAGCUAACUGUGUACAUCAUCUGUCAGGAGAGGGUUGUAGAUGUUUAUUUGUUACCAGACUGUCCAAAAAGUACAAUGCCAACAACGAUGUGG